UUUGUAUUUGUUAAUUCAGGUUAAAAGACAUUUUUGCCACAUUUUAUAAAAUACUACUUCAAUUAAUUUAAAUAUACUUUGACGUAUUUGAGUUAUUUAUGUUAAACUGUGGCAGUUUGAGUCCUCCAUAUAACCCAAUGAUGACCGAUUAUCAAGAGUGUUAUAUAAUAAUCCAAAUACUGGCUGUGUAUGAACGGUCAGAUCGAUACAUUGUUUCAGUGCGUAGUUAAAUUUUUUGUCAUGGAAAAAUACAUUAAAAAUACUACUACUCCACUAAAUGGGAAAAAGAUCAUUUUAUAAAAUAUACAUAUAAAUAUAGAAUUUGUAUUGAUGUCUAUUUUAUUUUACAGACAGCAGAUGGUGACUGAGUUCUUUAGAGACGCACAUUUACAUCGUAGGACUCCAACAAAGUUUUAAAAUGAAAUAUUCUGAAAUAUCUUCUGUUGUGUUAUCUAAUUAUUAUGGAAAGUAAAAACAACAGUGAUGUAGUGCUCAUUAAAAUGUGUUCAGAAUUUGCAAACAUGAUGAUGAUUCACCUCUCCCCUACAUUAGCUGGAUGAAAGUAUCGGCAUUGUUAUCGGGGAUAGCGGCCGUGUGUUUACGUGGGGUCCUACCGAUACCAGAAUUUGCACCAAUAAUGGACGCCAACAAUCAGCCCUGUUUAUCCAUUUUAAACGCCGCUGAACCUGCCUGCUGUGUUCACACCUGUGCAGAACAGGGCUGCAUGCUGAUUGGCUGUUACCAUGUGGCGCACCUGUGUCAGGAAGCACCUGCAUUUAUCCUCGUUUAUUCUGGGUUUUCUUUUCCUUUAAUUUGUCACCCAGUGCUUACAGCAGAGUGGGAAAAAACAGAAAAUCAUCCACCCUCCCCAUCCGGCUUCACCUGCUCCUCCUACAGGCUAGCCGGGCUAAGCUGUCGUUGUAGUCCGGAGCCGAAGCCCUGCUGGGUCGAAGCCCCGCUCGGAACCUGCCGCUGGAUGAACCUCCACCCGGAAAAGAGGAGAAACCGCCUAUAUGGACGCUUCUUCUCCGCCUGUGACGGCGCCGCGGCCAGCUAGUGAGCAGCCCGCAGCUAGCUGCAGCUAGCGGCUCCGCUGGCUAACCAUCCCGGCUAGCUCGAGGAUUUAACUCGGCUUUUCUCGCCUUCUUUAAGCCCGUUUCCGUGUCAUGCUAUCGGCUGCUUAACCGAGUCAGGCUGGGCAUGCUUAGCGGGGAGCUGCGGGUCCUCCGAGCCUAGCAGCAGCAGGCAGCGGCAGAUAACGCGACCGUGUCCGGGUGGUGCUCCGGGAGGAGGAUGGCAUUUCACGGCGCAGGCCGGCAGACCGUGUGUGGAGACCUAUUUCCGGGCUCUGAGCUGGGCCACAAGUAUUUCUGCGUGAGCUCCUCCUGCGGAGCCCCCUCCACGGGCCUCAGCGCCACACCGUGCCUCACCGGACCCACCGCCCCGGCAGGGACCCCUCGUCACCCCACAGCCCUCGGAGGAAGCACCGGCGGCGGCGCGGCGGUGCCUCAGCCCUACAGCAACCCAGCCAGCGAGGUGCCGAGCCCCGCAGAGAUGGAGCCAGACCGACCCAUCGGUUAUGGCGCAUUUGGAGUUGUUUGGUCGGUGACCGAUCCUCGGGACGGCCGGAAGGUGGCUUUGAAGAAGAUGCCCAACGUCUUCCAGAACCUGGUCUCCUGCAAGAGGGUCUUCAGAGAGCUGCGGAUGCUGUGCUUCUUCAAACACGACAAUGUUCUGUCGGCUCUGGACAUUCUGCAGCCUCCGCAGAUCGACUGCUUCGAGGAGAUCUACGUGAUAACAGAGCUGAUGCAGAGCGACCUCCACAAAGUGAUCGUGUCUCCUCAGCCGCUCACCACGGACCACAUCAAGGUCUUCCUCUACCAGAUCCUCCGAGGUUUGAAGUACCUGCACUCCGCUGGGAUCCUGCACAGAGACAUCAAACCCGGAAACCUGCUGGUCAACAGCAACUGCCUGCUCAAGAUUUGUGACUUCGGCCUGGCGCGCGUGGAGGAGCCCGACCCGUCACGUCACAUGACGCAGGAGGUGGUGACUCAGUACUACAGGGCGCCGGAGGUGCUGAUGGGCUGCCGGCACUACAGCUCGGCCAUCGACGUGUGGUCGGUGGGCUGCAUCUUCGCCGAGCUGCUGGGCCGACGCAUCCUCUUCCAGGCUCAGAGUCCCAUUCAGCAGCUGGACCUGAUCACCGACCUGCUGGGAACGCCGCCUCUGUCGGCCCUGGCAGCGGCCUGCGAGGGCGCCCGGGCCCACAUCCUGAGGGGGCCGCACAAACCGCCGUCGCUGUCGGUGCUCUACAUGCUGUCUGACGGAGCGACCCACGAGGCCGUGCACCUCCUCUGCCGGAUGCUGGUCUUUGAUCCGGCGAAGAGGAUUUCGGGCAGCGACGCCCUCUCCCACCCUUACCUGGAUGAAGGGCGUCUGCGUUACCACACCUGCAUGUGUCAGUGCUGCUACUCCGUCCCCAGCGGGCGAGUUUACACCCGGGACUUUGAGCCGGUCGCUGAGCGUCCGUUCAGCCACAGCUACGAGAACAGCCUGCUGUCAGUGUGGCAGGGAAAAGAGUUGAUCCAUCGCUUCAUCACGGAGCACCAGCAGGGCAAACGGGUGCCGCUGUGCAUCAAUCCUCAGAGUGCUGCCUUCAAGACCUUCAUCAGGUCCACUGCGUGGCACUCCUCUAAGGUGUCCAGGAAGGAGGAGAGAUGAACGGCGCUCCUCUGCAUCUCGAGGAACGACGGCAGUUUGAGAGGGGACUUCAUUGGCUGUGGCAUCUGAAAGCACUGAAGAGUUUGGGUCAUCUUUUCUUCUUUUUCCUUUUUGUUUUUUCCCCUUCACCUGGAGGAGACUGUCACACCCGCCCACACCAGGACCUCGUGAAAAACCUCAAAUAUUUCCUCCCCCGUGAUUCGACCCAAACUUCUGACGCUCUGCGUUUUUCGGUGCUGAACUU